AUGCAACGAGGUAAGGUCAUCGCCUAUGCCUCAAGACAGCUAAAGACACACGAGGUCAACUACACCACACAUGAUCUUGAGUUAGGAGCAGUAGUGUUUUCUCUGAAUAUCUGGAGACACUACCUGUAUGGUACAAAAAGCACUAUCUUUACAGACCACAAAAGUCUACAACACAUAUUCGACCAAAAGGAGCUCAAUAUGAGACAACGACAGUGGGUAGAGCUACUCAGUGACUACGAAUGCGAAAUUCGUUAUCAUCCAGGCAAGGCCAACAUAGUAGCUGAUGCCCUAAGCCGGAAAGAAUACUCUGGUCGUAGAGUCAAAUCUUUGACUAUGACUAUCCAUUCACACUUAUCCACACAAAUUAAGGAGGCUCAGCUAGAAGCCUUGAAACCUGAAAAUGUGGCAAGUGAAUCCUUGAGGGGGAUGGAUAAGAACUUGGUAGUAAAGGGUGGCGAAGCCUUUUAUCUCAUGGAUCGGAUCUGGACACCGAAAUACGGUGGUUUCAGAGACUUGGUCAUGACCGAAGCGCACAACACUCGAUAUUCCAUCCACCCAGGUUCAGAUAAGAUGUAUCUGGAUCUUAAAAAGUUAUACUAG